AUGUCGUCGCGUUUGCUCUCAAUGAAGUUUAUGCAGAGGGGCAUAGCAAACUCCUCCACAGCAUUAUCGCCCACAACCUCACGCGCUGAAGACGCAUCACGCGCAAGCAAGCGACGCAAGUCCGACGGGCCACUGUCUCCGGCUCUCAACCACGGACAGCCUGCUGGCGGAGCAAAGCUCGACGAAAAGGCUGUUCAGGCGGCGAUUGCAGAAGAGGAGAGGAAAAGGCAGGCGGCUAUCGCAAAACAGGCUGCCGAGUCGGGCGAUACUCACUGGGUCCUCGAAUUUCCAGCCGCGUCUCCUGCAUCGGCGGCUAAGAAGGCACAGGUUCCGUUAAGAGUGGUUCAGGUCGGAUUUGCCCAGAUUGAUACGGCGGACCAAGGAGAAGAUGAAGUAUAUGCCGACCCAUCGCCCGGGGGAGCACAGAUACGGCGCUUCAACAUGAGAACGAAAAAAUUGACACAAGAUACGAAGAUGGAAUCAGAACGCGAUGUCGACAUGGAAUCGGACUCUGGGAGCAAGGACUCUGAGGACUCCGAAUCCGACGAUUCAUCCGCACUAUCCAUACCGUACGCCGCCGGCGGUAGUGACACACGCGGACGGCAGUCCACCAGUCAAGACAGCAAACGCAAACGCGGCAGAUCAGAAACCUCAGCAAGGAGGAAUUCUGAGAGGACGAAAGCUCUGGAGUUCUCUGCGAAGCGCAGGAAAAAGAACGUGAAGCUGAACAUGCCCUUGUCCAUCUCAUCAGCUAACCCUCCCGCUCCCAGUCCGUCGUCUAAGCGAAGGUCAUCAGGCAAGGGUGGACGUUGA